AUGCAUCGCCUCCACCUCAUCACCCAGGCCAAAGGCAUACCUUUGUCCUACCUCUUCACCCCAUCCAAUCAGGGAUCAAUUGAGUUUUCAAGAAGGCACCUGAAAUACUACCCUCCAGCUGCUACCUCAAAGCCUCCGCGCAUGUUUCUCCUCUGUGACCCUCCCUUCUCCAACACGGGCACCCGCGCCUACCAGCACUGCCCCUGUGGCGCCCCGGGCUCCACUUUUCUCUCUGUGCAGUCUGCCCUGUGGCCAACCCUGGCCGCUCUGGCCCUGCUGAGCAGCGUCGCCGAGGCCUCCCUGGGCCCCGGGCCCCGCAGCCCCGCCCCGCGCCUCGGCCCCGCCCCGGCCCCGGCGGCCCCCACCGGCCACACUGCCGGGUAGGGAGAAGGCGAGGGGGGCGGGGCGGGACCGGCCCGGGACCCCAUCGAGUGACUCCAUCUCAUUGCAGGGGGCCGCCAGCCUCGCACGUGCGGCGGAAGAGCUCGGCGGCCGCCCCGCCCCAGCCUCCCCGGCCCGAGCCCCAAGCCACCUGCGCCCUCGCCCGCGCCUCCCCGCGGGGGCCGCGCGGCGCGGGCCGGCCGCGCGAGCUGGGGGAGUCGCGCGCGGACCGCGGGGGCGCGGGGCUGCCGCCUGCGGUCGCAGCUGGUGGCCUGCGCGCCGCUCGGCCUGGGCCACAGCUCCGACGAGCUGGUGCGUUUCCGCUUCUGCAGCGGCUCCUGCCGCCGCGCGCGCUCCCCGCACGACCUCAGCCUCCAGCUGCUGGGCGCCGGGGCCCUACGGCCGCCCCCGGGCUCGCGCCCCGUCAGCCAGCCGUGCUGCCGACCCACGCGCUACGAGGCGGUCUCCUUCAUGGACGUCAACAGCACCUGGAGGACCGUGGACCGCCUUUCCGCCACUGCCUGCGGGCUGCCUGGGCUGAGACCUCGCUCUCAGGGGUUUGCGGACUGUACCCUACCCGCGGAUCCUCGAACCUGGGGCCCUUCUCGCAGGAGCCGGCGGGUGGGGGGCCCUGGGCCAGAGAUGGAGGCCUCAGCCGGUCUUAGGGAGCUGCUCAUCAGCGCCACCCGCGAGUCUGUCCCGGUCGCCCGCAGAACGUCUGGGGCUGGCGGGGUUCGGCGGGUCCCCAGCCCACGUGCUCCCGACCUCCGCCGCAAGGCGCCGCCCUCCCGCUAG